AGCUUUCAUGCUAAAUUUCAUAUCUAUUUACAAAUCUCAUCAAACCAUCCAUCCUUGUUAAUCAUUAGACGAUUCAUCCAUAGUAACAGCAUAUACCUUUGAUAUAUCCCUUACCUUAGAUCCAAUUCAUUCCUAAUUACAUCCAUUAACAAUAGACAAUACUAUUCAGAAAAGGGAAUCGAUUUUUGAAAAAUUUAUAAAUAGAAAACUAGAUUUUUACAUAUAUAAACCAUGGGUAUUCCAAAAUUCUUCAGGUUCAUCUCAGAAAGAUGGCCGAUGAUCUCUCAGUUGAUUGAUGAGAAUCAAAUUCCUGAAUUUGAUAAUUUAUAUUUAGAUAUGAAUUCAAUUUUACAUACGUGUACUCAUUCUAAUGAUGGUAGUAUAACUCAUUUAAGUGAUGAUCAAAUGUAUGCUUCUAUUUUCCAAUAUAUCGAACAUUUAUUUGAAAUCAUUAAACCCAAUCAAACGUUUUAUAUGGCUAUUGAUGGAGUGGCUCCAAGAGCUAAAAUGAAUCAACAAAGAGCAAGAAGAUUCAGAACUGCUUAUGAAGCAGAAGGAAAUUUAAAAAAAGCCAUUGAAAAUGGUGAAGCUAUACCAAAGGAUGAUCCCUUUGAUUCAAAUUCUAUUACUCCAGGUACAGAAUUCAUGGCUAAAUUAACUGAUAAUUUAAAAUAUUUCAUUCAUAAAAAAAUCACUGAAGAUUCAAAUUGGGCUAAUAUUACCAUUGUAUUAAGUGGUCAUGAAGUACCUGGUGAAGGGGAACAUAAAAUUAUGGAAUACAUUAGAUCAGCAAGAUCUCAACCUGAAUAUGAUCCAAAUUCAAGACAUUGUAUUUAUGGUUUAGAUGCUGAUUUAAUUAUGUUGGGAUUAGUUAGUCAUGAUCCUCAUUUUGCUUUAUUAAGAGAAGAAGUUACAUUUGGACCAAAAAGAGGUUCAAGUGGUUCAAAAGAACUUAAUGAUCAAAAAUUCUAUUUAUUACAUUUAUCUUUAUUAAGAGAAUAUAUGGAAUUGGAAUUUACUGAUUUAAAAGAUCAAUUAACGUUUGAAUAUAACUUUGAUAGAUUAUUAGAUGAUUUUAUUUUAAUCAUGUACGUUAUUGGUAAUGAUUUCUUACCAAAUUUACCUGAUUUAUUUAUUAAUAAAGGUGCUUUCCCCUUAUUAAUUGCUACUUUCAAACAAACUUUAAAACAAUCUGAUGGUUAUAUUAAUGAAAAUGGGAAAAUUAAUUUAAGACGUUUAAAUAUUUGGUUACACUUUUUAGCUGAAUUUGAAUUAGAAAAUUUCGAAAAACAAGAAGUUGACGUUGAAUGGUUUAAUAAAAAAUUAGAUGAUAUCUCUAUAACUGGAGAAAAGAAACGUCAAAGAAUUGGAAAAUUAUUAAUUUUAAAAGAUGAAAAGAAAUUAAUUGGGUUUAUUCAACCUUGGUUAAUGGAAAUUUCAAAUAAUCCAGUAUCAAAAUUAAUUGAAUUAGAAAAUGAAGGUAAAUUAAAAACAUUACCAUUACAAAAAGAGGAAGUUGAAAAAUAUUUAGAUUUCCUUAAAAAAUUCUCUAUUGAAGCUGGUAUUCUUAUUAUUCAUUCUGUUUCUCAAGACACUUAUGAAGCAAAAUUAGAUAUUGAUGGUUUAAAUCCUUAUGAAUCUCCUGAAGAAACCGAAGAACGUGUUAGUGAUUUAAGAAGAGUCAUUAAAAAGUAUCAAUCUGCUAAUUUGAUUGAUACUGAAGAAUUAUUAAAAUCUACUAAAGAUAUCUAUAAUGAAAAGUUUUUAGAUUGGAAAGAUGAUUAUUAUAAGGAAAAAUUACAUUUCUCCAUUAGAGAUGAAGAUGAAAUUGUUAAAUUAACCAAGCAUUAUGUUGAAGGGUUACAAUGGGUAUUGUAUUAUUAUUAUCAAGGAGUUCCAUCAUGGAAUUGGUUUUAUAAAUACCAUUAUGCUCCAAGAAUUUCCGAUAUUUCCAUCGGUUUAGAAGCCUUAAUUGAAGAAGGUCAUGAAUUGACUUAUGAAAAAUCAACUCCAUUUAGACCAUUCGAACAAUUAAUGGCCGUUUUACCUGCUAGAUCAAAGAAAUUAAUGCCUUUAGUGUAUAGAGGUCUUAUGACUGAUGAACAUUCUCCAAUUAUAAAUUUCUAUCCUCAAGAAGUUGAUAUUGAUAUGAAUGGUAAGACUGCUAGUUGGGAAGCUGUUGUGUUAUUAGAUUUCGUUGAGGAAGAAAAAUUAAUUGCUGCUUUGAAACCAAUUGAAGCUAAGUUAACUCCUGAAGAAACUAAGAGAAACUCAUUUGGUCAUUUAAUUAGUUUUAUUCAUAAUCCUCAAAUCGAUUAUAUUUAUCAAUCCCCAUUACCAGGAUUCUUCGCUAAUAUUGAACAUGAUAACUGUUAUGAAGAAGAAUUUAAGUUACCCGAAGUGAAGGAUUUAAGAAUUGGUUUCAUAGAAGGUGCUAAAACUGGUAAAGAAUUAUUAGCUGGUUUCCCAUCUUUAUCUACCAUUCCAUUUGACGCUGAAUUAAGAGUUGGUGAGGUUAAAGUUUUCCAAUAUCCAUCUAAAUCUGAAUCAAUGAUUCUUACAGUUUCCAAUGUUUGGGAAGAUUUAUCAACUUUCCAAUUCAGUCAACAAUUUAUUAAUAAAUUAGUAUACAGUAAAUGGCCAUUCUUAAGAGAAUGUAAAAUCAUUAAAGUACAAGAUAGAGAAAAGAAAUAUAUCUCAAGCAAUAAAAAAGUUAUUGCUGUUGAUUUAAAUUCAGAUGAGAGUAAAGAUUUUAGAUCUGAAGUUUCCAACACCAAGUAUGUUUACGAAAAGACUAAAGGUGUUAUUUUAGAUAAGAUUGAAGUAUUGGUUUAUGUUCAACCUGUUAAUGGUUUAAUUAGAACUGCUAGAGGUGCUUACGUUAAGACAUUCUCCAAAGAUGUAGAAUGUUAUCCAAUACAAUUAAUUGUUAAAGAAGUCACUAACAAAGAUAAAAGGUUUGCUAGUAGACAACCAGUUCCAGUUGAAGAAGAAUUCCCAAUUGGAUCCCAAGUUGUAUUUUUGGGAGAUUUUGGUUAUGGUGCUCCAGCCCAUAUAGUUGGUCAUAAAGAUGAAACUCUUGGAAUUAGAAUUUCAAAGAUUUCCACUGUCUCAGAACCUUCGAUUGGUAAAGAUAGAUUGAAACUUGAAGAAAGAGAAUAUAAAUAUCUUUCUGCUUAUGAAGUGGCAAGAGCUUUAAGAAUAAAUUCAUUACUUCUUUCCAAAAUCACAAGUUCCUUUAUGGUCCAAAAUAGAAAUCAAAAUGUAAAUAUUGGUUUAGAAUUGAAAUUCGAAGGUAAAAGAUUGAAGGCUUUAGGUUAUGCUCGUAAAGAUGGUAGACAAUGGGAAUUUUCUCCAUUAGCCGUUGAUUUAAUCUCAAGAUAUCAAAAGAAAUUCCCUAAAUUAUUUGAUCAAUUGAGUAGAUUACAAGGACGUGAUAUUCCAAAAGCUGAUAGUAUUACUACUCCAGAAGAAUUAGCCGAAGUUAGAAAAUGGUUAAAGGAAGCCAAGCAAGAUAUAGUUUUAGCUUCAUUAGAAAGUGAAUCUUUAACUAAAUUCAGUUUCCAAGCUAUUGAAAACUAUAUGAUUAAUUUACCACCUUUGAAAUUUAUGAAUAGAGAUAUUAAAGGUGUUCCAAAGGAUGCUAUUUUAAAUCCAAGUGAUAGUUAUCAAUUAUUAGGUGAUCAAAAGUUUGACUUAGGUGAUCGUAUUAUUUACGUUCAAGAUUUUGGUAAAGUUCCAAUUUUAUCUAAGGGUACUAUUGUUGGAUUUACUACCAUUGGUUCAAAGACAUCUUUAACCAUUGUUUUCGAUCAUACUUUAUUAAGUGGUACCACUCUUGGUGGAAAAUUAAAAACAAACAGAGGUUUGAUUAUUGAUUCUUCAUUGGUUUUAAAUCUUACUAAUAAACAAUUUGUUUAUCACAGUAAAGCUUCAAAGGUUAGAAAACCAUUAAGUGAAGAAGAAAAGGCUAUUAGAGCUAAACACAAGCAAAUCAUUGAGGAAAAGAAACAAGCUGAACAGCAAAAGAAACAACAAGAUGCUAAAUCCAAACAAUCUAAUGAAAUCUUAUCUUUAUUAAGAAAGAAUGAACACAAACAAGUUUCUGAUAAUGAUAAGACUGAAGGAGAUGAAGAAGGAUUUAGAAACAGUCAAGCUAUUAAGCAAGUUUAUGGCCAUAUUUAUAAUAAUGUCAUGAGUCAAGGACAAGCUCCUCCUCCAAUGCCACCAAUGCCACACCAUCCUAUGCAAAUGCCUUUCAUUCCACCACCGCCUUCACCAUAUGGUAUUCCUAUGGUUCCAGGUAUUCCAUUACCACCACAAUUCUUCCAACAUCCACCAACACCAAAUACCCAUCAUCAUUCUGCUGCAUCAGUUACUAGUGAAGUAUCCAGUGUAUCAGAACUCGACAAUGGUCAUUUCAAUAGUAGACCAAGAGGAAAUAAUAACAGAGGUAGAGGAGGUCAAAGAGGUAGAGGAAAUGGACAUCGUGGAGGUAGAGGUGGUAACAGAGGGGGACAAAAUACAUCCACCAAGGAAGUUAAAGCAUGAGUGACUUUCUAUUAAAUAUAUACAAGUAAAAAAAAAAAUAAACACCAU